UAGCUCGCUAGACAACAAAGUCGGAACAUUCAAGAUCUUUAGACAAUUUCGUGGUUUAAUUUGCUUCUAUGUUUUAAACAUACUUCUGUGUGAAAGAACUAGUUAUCCCAUUUAAUUUCGUAUUGACGUUGUUGCUGUUAGCUGUCUGGUUAAGUUAACACUAGUCUAGUUGCUAAUGAGCUAACAUCCCCGACCAUGAGUUUACUAAGCUACACUGAGAAUUGCUUGACGGAGAAAGGAAAUCUCAUGGAAGAGGAGACUGUUACCGUCAAGAAAGAAGUAGAAGGUGAGGCUGUUACAGUGAAAGAAGAAGGGGAAGAGGCUUUCAGCGUGAAAGAGGAGGAGGAUGAUACAGUGAAGGAAGAGGAAGAUAGAGUUUUUGUAAUGAAGGAGGAGGAUGGGGAGAUGACUGUCACAGUGAAAGAGGAGGAAGACGUUUUUGGAGUGAAGGAGGAAGAGGGGGAGAUUACUGUCACAUUGGAGGAGGACGAAGAACAGAAGACUGGAGAACUGAUUAACACCAGUAAGUACAGAAAGAGACCAGCCUCUCACUCUGACAGACGGAAGAGUCCUUCAGGGGAACCAGACCCAGAGACGCCCAAACCAGCGAGACGACAUCACUGCUCCCUGUGUAAUAUGAGUUUUAAGUGGUCAUGGAAGCUGAAAGAGCAUAAAAUGACACACGUAGGAGAAAAGCCAUUCCAAUGCUCCCAGUGUGGAAAGAGUUUUACUUUGUUAGGGAGCCUGAACAAACAUAAGAGAAUACACACAGGAGAAAAGCCUUAUCACUGCUCCCAAUGUGGAAAUAGUUUUAUGUGGUUAGGGAGCCUGAACAAACAUAAGCGAAUACACUCGGGAGAGAAGCCUUUCCCCUGUUCCCAUUGUGGAAAGAAUUUUAGGUUGUUAGAUACCCUGAAGGAGCACAAGAGGACACACACAGGGGAAAAACCUUACCAUUGCUCCCAGUGUGGAAAUAGUUUUUCCCAAUUAGGGAACCUAAACAAACACAAAAAAAUACACUCUGGAGAGAAGCCUUUCCCCUGUUCCCAUUGUGGAAAGAAUUUUAGGUUGUUAGAUAAUCUGAAAGAGCAUGAGAGAACACACACAGGGGAGAAACCUUACCAAUGCUCCCAGUGUGGAAAGGAUUUUACCCAGUUAGGGAACCUAAAAAAGCAUGAGAUAAUCCACUCUAGAGAUAAGCCUUACCACUGCUCCCAUUGUGAAAAGAGAUUUACCCAGUUAGGGAGCCUGAACAAACAUAAGAGAAUACACUCUGGAGAGAAGCCUUACCCCUGUUCCCAUUGUGGAAAGAAUUUUAGGUUGUUAGAUAAUCUGAAGGAGCAUGAGAGGACACACACAGGGGAGAAACCUUACCAUUGCGCCCAGUGUGGAAAGGAUUUUACCAAGUUAGGGAACCUAAAAGAGCAUGAGAGGACACACACAGGGGAGAAGCCUUAUCACUGCUCCCAUUGUGGAAAGAGUUUUAUCCAGCUAGGGAACCUGAAUAAACAUAAGAGAAUACACUCUGGAGAGAAGCCUUACCCAUGUUCCCAGUGCGGAAAGAGUUUUACCCAGUUGGGGAACUUAAACAAACAUAAGAGAAUACACUCUGCAGAGAAGCCUUAACAUUGUUCCAAGUUAGGGAACCUGAAAAGGCAUGACAACAUAAACACAGUUUGGAUAGAGUUUGGGAUAGAGUUUGGAUAGAGUUUAGAGUUUUAGUUCGGGAACCUAAUUGUGGAAAGACAUUUUCCCGGACAGAGAAUCUGAAAUCACAUGAGAGCCAAGACAAGGUGUUCUGACUUAUGUUUUUGACUGUUGUUUUUGAUGCCACAUUAAAUCAUGUUGUUUAUAUCAAAUCUCCCCCCCCAAAAAAUAGUCCUACUUUAGUUUUUUCCUCUUGAGACAUGAUUACAAUUACAAUAAAGUUACAAUUUAAAAUGUAUAUUUUGAUUAUGGAUUUGGAUUGAUUGAAUAGAAAUAUGAACCCUCAGAUGUUAAUGAUAUGAUUUGGAAAGUUGUCAAAUGUAAUUAUUAAAUGGAUGAAUAUAAACAGACCUGUAAGCUGAUACAUUAUAAAAAUAUAAUAAUCCAUUUUGACAUUUUAAAACAGGUUCUCUGGCAGAAAAUGCGUAUCAGCUAAUUACAAUCAGGGAUUUACUAGCAGGCUAAAUUGAAGCGGUUCUCAUCAGAUAACAUGGCACACGUUACAGCCCUAUGCUUGUGUUUGUUACAGGACCAGUACACUGCUGUUUCCUGUGUUGGUUACAGGAGCAGUACGCUGCUGUUUCCUGUGUUGGUUACAGGAGCAGUACACUGCUGUUUCCUGCUUGUGUUGGUUACAGGAGCAGUACACUGCUGUUUCCUGUGUUUGUUACAGGAGCAGUACACUGCUGUUUCCUGCUUGUGUUGGUUACAGGAGCAGUACACUGCUGUUUCCUGUGUUUGUUACAGGAGCAGUACGCUGCUGUUUCCUGUGUUGGUUACAGGACCAGUACACUGCUGUUUCCUGUGUUGGUUACAGGAGCAGUACACUGCUGUUUCCUGUGUUGGUUACAGUAGCAGUACGCUGCUGUUUCCUGUGUUGGUUACAGGACCAGUACACUGCUGUUUCCUGUGUUGGUUACAGGACCAGUACACUGCUGUUUCCUGUGUUGGUUACAGGAGCAGUACGCUGCUGUUUCCUGUGUUGGUUACAGGAGCAGUACACUGCUGUUUCCUGUGUUGGUUACAGG